AUGCCACCACCAUCAGACAUCGUCAAAGUGGCUAUCGAAUGGCCAGGUGCUAAUGCGCAGCUCCUCGAAAUUGACCAGAAACGGCCCCUGGCGUCCAUCAUCAAGGAAGUUUGUGAUGGGUGGUCGUUGCCAAACCCGGAGUAUUACACCCUCCGUUAUGCGGACGGCCCCCAGCUCUACAUCACCGAGCAGACUCGCAGCGACAUUAAGAACGGGACGAUCUUACAGCUGGCUAUCUCCCCGUCCCGGGCCGCACGCCAGCUGAUGGAGAGGACCCAGUCCUCCAGCAUGGAGACCCGGCUGGACGCCAUGAAGGAGCUGGCCAAGCUCUCUGCCGACGUGACCUUCGCCACCGAGUUCAUCAACAUGGACGGCAUCGUUGUACUGACGCGGCUCGUGGAAAGCGGAACCAAGCUCUUGUCCCACUACAGUGAGAUGCUGGCAUUCACCCUGACUGCCUUCUUAGAGCUCAUGGACCAUGGCAUUGUCUCCUGGGACAUGGUUUCCAUCACCUUUAUUAAGCAGAUCGCGGGGUACGUGAGCCAGCCCAUGGUGGACGUGUCCAUCCUGCAGAGGUCCCUGGCCAUCCUGGAGAGCAUGGUCUUGAACAGCCAGAGCCUGUACCAGAAGGUCGCGGAGGAGAUCACCGUGGGGCAGCUCAUCUCGCACCUGCAGGUCUCCAACCAGGAGAUUCAGACCUACGCCAUUGCACUGAUUAACGCACUUUUUCUGAAGGCCCCUGAGGACAAGCGACAGGACAAGCACCUUAAUCCUCUAGACCUGCCUGUCACUGACAUGGCCAACGCAUUUGCACAGAAGCACCUUCGGUCCAUAAUCCUCAAUCAUGUGAUCCGAGGGAACCGCCCAAUCAAAACCGAGAUGGCCCAUCAGCUGUAUGUCCUGCAAGUCCUGACCUUUAACCUUCUGGAAGAGAGGAUGAUGACCAAGAUGGACCCCAAUGACCAGGCUCAAAGAGACAUUAUAUUUGAACUGAGGAGGAUUGCAUUUGAUGCAGAGUCUGACCCCAGCAAUGCCCCCGGGAGUGGGACUGAGAAACGCAAAGCCAUGUACACCAAGGACUACAAAAUGCUGGGGUUCACCAACCACAUCAACCCCGCGAUGGACUUCACCCAGACUCCGCCCGGGAUGCUGGCCUUGGACAACAUGCUGUACUUGGCGAAAUUCCACCAGGACACCUACAUCCGGAUCGUCCUGGAGAACAGUAGCCGAGAAGACAAGCACGAGUGCCCCUUUGGCCGCAGUGCGAUCGAGCUCACCAAGAUGCUGUGUGAGAUCCUGCAGGUCGGGGAACUGCCAAACGAGGGACGCAACGACUACCACCCGAUGUUCUUCACCCACGACCGCGCGUUCGAGGAGCUCUUUGGCAUCUGCAUCCAGCUGCUGAACAAGACCUGGAAGGAGAUGAGGGCGACAGCCGAGGACUUCAACAAGGUCAUGCAGGUGGUCCGAGAGCAGAUCACUCGAGCUUUGCCCUCCAAACCCAACUCUCUGGACCAGUUCAAGAGCAAACUGCGGAGCCUGAGCUAUUCCGAGAUCCUGCGGCUGCGCCAGUCGGAGAGGAUGAGUCAGGAUGACUUCCAGUCUCCGCCGAUUGUGGAGCUGAGGGAGAAGAUCCAGCCCGAGAUCCUGGAGCUGAUCAAGCAGCAGCGGCUGAACCGGCUCUGUGAGGGGAGCAGCUUCCGGAAGAUUGGGAACCGCCGGAGGCAAGAGCGCUUCUGGUACUGCCGCCUGGCCCUGAACCACAAAGUCCUGCACUACGGGGACUUGGAUGACAGCCCUCAAGGGGAGGUGACGUUUGAGUCCCUGCAGGAGAAGAUUCCUGUUGCAGACAUUAAGGCCAUUGUCACUGGGAAGGAUUGUCCCCACAUGAAAGAGAAAAGUGCUCUAAAACAGAACAAGGAGGUGCUGGAAUUGGCUUUCUCCAUUCUGUACGACCCUGAUGAGACCUUAAACUUCAUUGCACCUAAUAAGUACGAGUACUGCAUCUGGAUCGAUGGCCUCAGUGCCCUCCUGGGGAAGGACAUGUCCAGCGAGCUGACCAAGAGUGACCUGGACACCUUGCUGAGCAUGGAGAUGAAGCUGCGGCUGCUGGACCUGGAGAACAUCCAGAUCCCCGAGGCCCCGCCGCCGGUGCCCAAGGAGCCCAGCAGCUACGACUUCGUCUACCACUACGGCUGA